AUGGGAAUAUUCACCCGAUUUAAAGACGCGGGUAUGGACCCUGCAGCUGACCCGUACUUUGGAACGUUCAUUGCGUAUGCACAGUGUGCGUACGACAUACUGCAACGGGAAACAACUAUCGGUGGGUCUAUUGGUGCUGAUUUGGUUAAAAGGUGGAAUAG